CACGUCCUCGAUCCACAGGAUAAGAUCGUGUCUCGCUACUACAUAAUCUUCUACAUGGCUACUACCUCUAAACUUAUAAGAACCAUGUCAAAUAUAACCAAAUACGACGCAAUAAUUAUCGGCUCCGGGCAAGCAGGCACUCCGCUUGCAGGAGCCUUCGCCAAAACCGGCCAAAAGACUGCACUUAUAGAACGCACUCACAUUGGUGGUUGCUGCAUCAAUGAAGGCUGUACGCCUACAAAGACUAUGGUGGCGAGUGGCCGUUCAGCGUAUCUAGCACGGCGCGGUCAAGAUUAUGGUAUCCAUACAAAUGGGACUUUGAAACGACCCAAUGAAAUCAAGGUAGAUAUGCUGAAAGUGAGACAAAGGAAAAGGGAUAUCGUGGAUAGCUUUCGACAAGGUAGCGAGAAUCGGACGAAGGAUGCGGGCGUGGAUAUUGUAAUUGGCGAGGCUAAAUUUGUUGAUGAAAGGACGAUCGAGGUUAAGAUGGGUGAUGGGAGUGAGAAGAGGGUUAUGGGGGAAAAAAUAUUCAUUAACACAGGAGCGAGACCUGUGCCUCCGAAGCUUAAGGGCCUGGAGAAUAUCGAUCCAACGAAAGUUUUGGACUCUACCAGCGUUCAGGAAUUGGAUGUUGUACCAGCUCACUUGGUGGUAAUCGGUGGUGGCUAUGUUGGGGUCGAGUUUGCGCAGCUGUUCAGACGAUUGGGCGCUAAAGUUACCAUUCUACAGCGUGGAGAACAGCUAUUGCAGCGAGAAGAUAAGGAAGUUGCCGAUGCACUCCUGGAGAUUUUGAAGGAAGAUGGAUUGACAAUUAAUUUGUACAGCAGUGCGUCUUCUAUCUCCACCUCCUCAACUGGGUCGUUUGAUCUCAACGUGCAGACCGAAGAUGGCGAGAAAGCCAUCAACGGAACCCAUAUCCUUUUUGCAGCUGGUAGAAUCCCUAAUACAGAUGCAUUGAAUUUACCAGCUGCGGGUAUCACCACGAAUGCCAGAGGUUACAUUGUCUCAAACGAUUUUCUUGAGACUUCGGCCAAGAAUAUUUACGUCCUUGGAGAUGUGAAAGGGCCUCCUGCAUUCACGCAUGUCUCAUAUGACGAUUUCCGCGUCAUCAAAGCAAAUGUACUCAACUCAUCCGGAACCUCAACCAAACUCAGCAUCAAGGACCGUCUCGUGCCUUACGUUGUGUACACUGAUCCUCAGCUGGGACACAUUGGCCUCCAUGAGCAUGAAGCUCGAGCAAAGUAUCCUGAGCGGAAGAUCAAGACUGCGAAGAUGCCAAUGUCUUAUGUUGCGAGAGCGCUGGAAACAGACGAGUCGAGAGGCAUGAUGAAAGCGGUUGUCGACGGAGAAAGUGGGCAAAUUUUAGGAUUCACAUGUUUGGGCAUCGAGGGUGGAGAAAUCAUGAGUAUUGUUCAGAUGGCUAUGAUAGGUAAUGUGAGUUAUGAAAAACUGAGGGAUGCCGUGUGGGCUCACCCAGCGUUGGCUGAGAGCCUGAACAAUAUUUGGGGGUUCUUAGAAUGAUUGUUGUUGUACGAUUUGUUAGUAUCAUUCGACUUGGAAUUUUGCAAUUGAAAAGGAG